AUGGAACUGUGUUCGGUAAGUACUAUUUCUACUACUCCGCCGGUUACGAUCGUUCCUGACAACCGUCGUUUAGUCAUCAACAAUAAUUCGGUGUCGGACUGGCGGAGAUCCUUUGUGAUUGGUUGCUCGAGGGAAGAUGACGAACGGAGGAGGCCGGCAGUGCCGCUGCCUCCUUUUGGUGCUGGAGAGCUGAGCUCUGGUGACGGGUUGGGGAAUGUCGACGGCAGAAAUAAUUCGGAGCAGAUCUUGUAUGGUCGUAAUAUUGACCCCAACAUGGAUCCAAGAAAACUCAAACGAAUAAUGUCGAAUCGAGUCUCUGCUCAAAAAUCUAGACUUAAAAAAGUUCAAUAUGUAGCAGAUAUGGAAAGGAAGCUGAAGUCCCUAGAGGCACAUAUAGCAGUUCUAUCUCCUCAAGUCGAGUUGUACAGAAACCAGCAGCAUGCGUUGCAAAUGGAGCAAAAAAGAUUGAAUCAAAAGAUUUUGAAUUGCUCAAGAAACAAGCUCAUCAAAGACGCUGAAAUAGAAGAGAAUAGAGCUGAAGUGAAUAGGCUUAGGGAACUCCAUAUGAAGCAGCAGUUUGAAGCCAAUGGCUGGGAUAGUAAUGUUUUUCAGAUGCCAUCCCCAUCCCCAUCGCUAUCUCCAUCUCCAUCGCCAUCAGAUUUUCAUACAUCUGAGUUGAUCAACGUUGUCUCUCCCCCACCUAACUACGUAGCAGAAAAUGGGGAGAGAACGAUAGGAGACAAUGGGCUGGGCCGGUUCAACUCAAUAGCCCGUCAUCAAAUGGUUGAGUACAAGUGGAUGCCAACACCUGGGCUUCGUCAAGCUUCAAGGCCCAACUCCAACCAAAUGAUCUAUGAAAUGGAAAGGCCCAACUAA